AUGAAUCAACCGAUGUGCGAUUUGAUCGCAGAAAUUGAAAAAUUGACGAAAAGCCGACAAAUUGGAAUAAACUGGAACGAUAUUCCGACCGAAAUUAAGAUGAAAUGCGUCGGAAAAAUGGAUUUUAAGACUGGGUAAGUCAUUUUUUCAUAUUGCUUCUUGAAAACCGUUAAAAAGCGUUCAGAAGCCGUCUACGAAUCUGCUCAAAAACCGACAAUUAUAUCACCGACGCGACGAAAUGCUCUAUCGAUCGUGUUUUUCUCGACGCGUCGCCCGAACACUUACAGAUCACAGUCGCUGUUGACAAAUUCCGCGACGAAUUCACAGUCGCCGAUUCAGAUCAGGCCGUUCAGUGCCUCAAACAAGUUCUAAAACGCGGAAAAAUUGAUCAAUUUUGGAUCCACACGCAAAACAUGAAGAACGAGGAUCUAAAAAUGAUCUCUAUUGUGGAUAUUGUCAACUCGACGCCGUCGCUCUGCAUCAAUUACUUUGCUUUUUCGCUGGAUCACGCGCUGGAUGUUAAAAUUGCAAUUUUGGAGAAAUCCGGUCAGAACCUGGACGAAUUCGGAAUUGAACUCUUGUCCGGAGGUUGUAAGUCUAGGCUGGAAGACGUUGCCAAACUUCCAAAGGUAUAAUUGUUUAUGGGGUUCAGGCCGUGAAAAAAAUGAUUUUUUUCCGUUUUUUUUUUCGUUUUUUACGUCAAAAAAUCCAAGUCAGCGAUGUAAAAAAACGAAAAAAAAGGAAACAAACAUACGCUGAACAGCCCCAUUAUUUUAGAAUAUGCUUUCCAACUGUUUUAAAAUAUGCGAGUUUUCAGGUCUUGGCAGCCAAAAACAUAAAUUUGACGUCAGACCAAAAUGGCUUUUGCCUGAUAACUAACGAAGUGGCCGCGUACAUCGUCGAUAAAUGGAUCGAAAUGGACGCGAAAAUCGGAGGGUCACUCACUAUGGUUGCGGGAAUUUCGCUGGAAAUUUUUGAGCAUUACUAUAAGGAUAGAAUUAUGUCAGUCUAAAAAUGCUGGAUGAAUUCCAUUACAAGUAUUUUAUUUUCAGUACGAAAAACGUCGAGAUGGAGACAAUUCGCAUUAGAACGGAGAAUCCCGAAAAGCACAUUCUGAUCAGGAACGCCGGAUUCGGUGAAUGCAGCAUUGUUCCGCACGACUACGACGAUUCGGCGUGCUUCGAGAAGCUGUUCGCAGAGCUGCUCAAAAGCGAACAUUACAACAUGGUGGCGUUUCCCGAGGAGGACUGA